GGCUUAAUUAAUUACAUGCAGGCUGCAGCAGGUACAAAAUUCCACUGAUCUCUAUCAAUCCCAUUAAUUGUUAUUGUGCAGCCUUUGGAUCAGCUAGAGCAGAAGAUGAGUUCCUGGGAUUUGUGGGUAGAGCAAGCUCUUUCCAGACUCCAUUCUCUGAAACUCCUCCGAUCUAUUAGGCCCAUCCUUCCUUUAAACACCACCCAACCGGGCGUGCAAGCAAGCGGCCGCCGCCACUCUUUUCCCGGCAAUGACCUCCAAGUGUUCAACGAUUUGCGCCUGUGGGACAGGGCCUCAGUUGAAGUCAUGAUUUCCGAAGCUACUUUCCAAAAAUGGAUGCAAGAUGCACCCAGUUCUGGAGACGACCAGCUGCCUGGCGAUCAAAAUGUUUGGGCGGAUGACGACGCUAGGGCUUCUGGUGAAAAAUACAGGAAGUUACUUUUAUUCUCUGGAAGUAAUUACUUGGGAUUGAGUUCUCACCCAAGUAUAGUCAAAGCAGUAACACAGGCCGUGCAAAGGCAAGGAAUGGGUCCAAGAGGAUCUCCCUUAGUAUGUGGAUAUACAUAUUAUCAUAGAUUGUUGGAAUCCACUUUGGCUGACCUUAAAAGAAAGGAAGAUUGCCUUCUCUGUGCAUCAGGCUAUGCAGCCAAUGUGGCAUUUAUAACAGCUGUGGGCAGUAUAAGCCUUCUGUUAGCUGCAGGUGAGAAACCCUUACUGGAAGAGGAAAGGGUGGCCAUAUUUUCUGAUGCUCUGAACCAUGCAUCAAUCAUUGAUGGUAUUCGCAUUGCUGAGAAACAAAAGGGUGUUUCUGUUUAUGUCUACAGACACUGUGACAUGUCUCACCUUAAUGAACUACUAACAGGAUGUAGAAUGAAGAAAAAGGUUGUCAUUACAGAUAGUUUGUUCAGUAUGGAUGGAAACUUUGCACCAUUUGGUGAGCUUGUCAAGCUUCGUAAGAAGCAUGGAUUUUUGUUGGCUAUUGAUGAUGCUCAUGGAACUCUUGUAUGUGGGGAAAGUGGAAGGGGUUCAGCUGAGAUGUUUAACUGUGAAGAAGAAGUGGACAUAAGCAUAGGUACUUUAAGUAAGGCUGCAGGUUCCGUCGGUGGCUUCAUUGCUUGCAGCGGGAAAUGGAAGCAACUUAUACAAUCAAAGGGAAGGUCCUUCAUAUUUUCUACACCGGCACCCGUGCCUGUUGUUGCUGCCGCACAUGCUGCUAUUGUUGUGGCUAAAAAGGAGGAGUGGCGUAGAAAGGCGAUCUGGGAGAGGGUGCAAGACUUUCGUAAAAGGAUGACACCCCAUCCCUGAGGGCCCCCCACCACCGACCGGACGACACGAUGGGAGGAUGUAAAUUGGACUAUAAUCACAAUCUGACAGAUAGAGAGUGGGGCUCUGUCCCCGGUACUUGCAGAGGCCCUAUGCAUUUUUCAACAUAGUAACCCCUCAUCGCAGUUGCCGGGAUUCGAACCCGAGACCUAACCCUUGUGGCACUCCCUUGCUACCAGUUGAGCUACGCCCACCGGUAGGGUGCAAGACUUUCGUGAUCUCACUGGGAUCCCAAUCACAAGUCACAUCAUUUCCUUAAUUCUUGGAAGUGAAGCUAGGGCAUCGCAAACUAGCAGGUGCCAUAUUAAUUACAUAAAAAAUCCAUUUGUACACACUUUCUUAUACACAUGGUAAGAAUGUUAUUUCUAUUAUCUAU